GGGAGACACUGAGUUUGGGGUCUCAGAAUGGGGCCUGGAUGUGGGGCCGGUGAGGCAGCGAACUGAAUGUUUGCAUCUUCGCACACUUCCUGUUAUUCAACACGUGCGUCUUGAGGUGUUUGGACAACAGGACAGAACUUUUCCAAGCUUGUGCCUGGGCCAGUUCGCCAUCCUCCUCGACGUUCGCCAUCGGAUUCAAAAACAAAGAGGAAUAAAUGCACGGAGAAGUCCACCGCGCCUUACAUCAAGAAGCCCCCUCAUGCAUUCAUGAUCUUCAUGGGGGUUUUGUGAAGGCCGCUGCGCCAUGGCAAGACAGCGCCGCUGUCAAUAAGGUCCUCGGGCAACUGUGGAAGUCGCUGACGCCGGCUGAGCUGCUCAGUUACUUCCAAGAAUCUGAGCGGCUCAGCCGGAUCCACGCCACCAGGUACCCAGACUGGACCUACAGAGACAACUACUGCAAAAAGCAAAAGAGAAAGUGGGGCAGUGCAGCCACCAGCGUAAAUCAUCUGACCGGUAAGUACAGUAUAUCUCAGUAUUUUUAGUUCAUAUAAAUCUGUCCAAAGCCUACUACGUGGCUCUGAAAUUCUGCCUCUACAAAAAUAAUGUAUAGGUGCAUCUCAGUGAAUUAGCAUUUAAUUUCAGUAGUUCCAUUGAAAGAGUGAAAUUCCAUAUUAAAAUUGUCGAUUUUUUUAUUUUGUAUUUUUUUUAUAUAUUGGAUUAUAUCAAAGCAGGUGGAAAGCUAAAGUUUACCACCAAGAAAUUAAAACAUAAAUACUUGACAUGAUUUUUAAGAGAGAAAUUAGGUCAGAAUUGGCCUUCUGACUUUUUUUCCUAUCCAUCCAUCCAUUUUCUGAG